GGACCCCAACUAUGAUUCUAUAUACGCUACACAGUACCACUUGCAUGUGCCCACUUUGAGAGAUGAUGCCUCCGAGUACAUAUUCUUCAUGAGCUUGAUACCCAUGUUGCUUGUCGGCACUAACAAAUCAGCAGAUCAGAUUCAUACAAACCCAAUUCUCAAAUAUAUACAAUCACAAACUUUUCCACCCUUUUCAGGAUAUCGUAGACUCAAGAGUUCUGUCGGUAGCUAGGGACCCAAUUGCACAAUUGUUUCCAUGGCUCUUCACUUUAAAAGAAAUCUCAUCUGGGAAUUACCUUUUUAUCACAUGCCAAAUGAAUGAUGGUGUUUACCCCUUUGGACUGCAAGUUGCAACAAUACAAUUUCUCCAAUGGAAACAUCCUGGCUUCAUGUUCAGUGGAUGUAAUCUUUCCAAAUACCUCCAUUCUGCAGUCCCUAUCAGUAAAGGUGUCAAAGGCUUGAAUAACCAGGAAGAAUAGUUUUGUGGGGGCCUGCGGCAUCAUGGAGUCUGGGUCUAAGCCCCUUGCCUUCUCAUGGACAAUUUGCUUGCUUGGAGUGUUCAUGCUAUGGACUGGCAAAAAGACUUUUGCUAGAACAGCGCAAGAUGGGCUACUAUCCAAUGGAGAUUUUGAGGCCUCCCCUGAGCUCAGUUUUCUCAAUGGAACAGUCAUAGUAGGUGAGACUGCAUUACCAAGCUGGAAGGUCCAAGGCACCGUUGAAUACAUAAGAUCGGGACAAGCCCAAGGUCCCAUGGUGCUGGUCGUUCCCCAGGGAAAACAUGCUGCAAGACUUGGAAAUAAUGCUGAGAUCAGUCAAGGGAUCGAGCUGGAUAGAGGAUCAAUUUAUUCUCUUACCUUCAGUGCUGCUCGAACCUGUGGACAGCUGGAGACCUUGAAUAUAUCGGUCUCACCUGCAGCAGCAGCAAGCAUAGAUCUGCAGACUCUGUACAACAGUGAAGGAUGGGAUGCUUAUGCAUGGGGAUUCAUAGCGAUUACAGAUAGAUCUGAGCUUAGUUUUCUCAAUCCUGAAUUGGAGCAGGACUCAACGUGUGGUCCUUUGAUUGACAAUGUGGCCAUCAAGAAGAUUUCUUUGCCAGAUCAGUCAGAUGACAACUUGGUGAUAAAUGGAGAUUUCGAAGAGGGCCCUUUCAUGUUCCCAAACUCUUCUGUGGGAGUCCUCUUACCUCCCAACCUUGACUAUGAAACAUCUCCAUUACCUGGUUGGAUUGUAGAAUCAAGCAAGGCUGUGAGAUACAUAGAUUCUAAUCAUUUCUCUGUUCCAGAAGGCAAGAGGGCCAUACAGUUGCUCUCAGGCAAUCAAGGCUCCAUUUCACAGAUCAUAAAAACAGCCACAAGCAAAACAUAUCGUCUCAUAUUUUCGUUAGGAGAUGCAGGGGAUGAAUGCCACCCACCCCUUGCAGUGGUGGCCUUCGCAGGGGAUCAAUCACAGGUUGCCAAUUACAGCUCUGUCAUGAGUGACCCCUUUCACGUCUUCAAUCUUAGUUUCAUGGCGAAUUCUGAGAACACCAAGAUUUCCUUCCACAGUCUGUAUUACAACACAAAAGAUAACAGUUCCCUUUGUGGCCCAGUUAUUGAUCAAAUUAAAGUCACCGAUUUAGCAGAACUAAGCCGGGGAUAUGUAUUUCAAUUUCCUUUGAGAUUGGCGUAUGGUGCCAAUCUGCUAGUUUUAGCGUUUCUACAAUUCUUUCUUUAGCUAUAUGUAUACUACUCAACCCAGUCUCAUGCAUAUGACUGGUAAAAAUCUCUUAGAUUGUAUUAGCUAGGAUGAAUCUAAUAAUUCAAAUAUUUAUCAGUAGAAAGAAAAGAACAAUAUAUUGAAAUGACAGCCUCCAAAAAGGCUGCUGUAAACUGUGUAUUCUUGAAAUAAUUUAGAACUCUUAAGGAUUUCAAAAUUAUAUGAAACCAUAUCAAAAAUUUGGCAAAAGAUUGCUUCUA